AUUUAGGGAAAUAAUGGUAUCUGACUGCUCGUCUCCCGUAUAUGUUUGAUGCUCUCUUUCUUUGUUAACUUCUUUUCGCUCGUUGCUUUCUUUUUCUCCUGUCUAGUUGCCGAUACAAUCCAAACCUAGCCUAGCCUGUUUGGGGGGAUUUCUUGUGGUGACUGGAUUGAAUGGUUGCUCGUUUCCGUGAUUCUUGAACAGUUUCCGAAAGAAAGAUGGAGUUUUAUUCGCAGUAUUUCCAGUUCUUCGUGCUGGCCGGGAUCUACUUACUAGGCCGAAGCGUUUCCUCAGUGGCUGCGAUGGACGAAGACGCCGCUGCUGUUUCAGACAGGCACGUCAUCGAAGGCAAGGUUGUCCCCCCAGAAGUCGCCAGUCCCGAAUGGCUCACAUCAACAAGAAUCAUCGUGAACGGCGGGGAACAGCUAGGAUUUCUCAAGAAUGACGGCUCUUUUAUGGUGCAUAACCUCCCGCCUGGGUCCUACGUGGUGGAGGUUGCAAACCCGGACUACAUGUACGAGCCGGUCCGCGUGGACAUCAACUCCAAGGGGAAGUUCAGGGCCCGCCGCGUCAACUACAUCCAGUCCAACCUGAUCCAGACCCUCACAUACCCGCUGAAGCUCAAAAGCCGCGGACCGUUCCAGUACUUCCAAAUCCGGGAGACGUGGAGGGUCACCGACUUCCUCAUGAACCCCAUGGUGCUUAUGAUGGUGGUCCCUCUUUUGGUCAUCAUGGUCUUGCCCAAGCUGAUGAAUGCUGCAGACCCCGAAACUCAGCGAGAAAUGAACCAGAUGCAGAUGCCGAAGUACGACAUGCCAGAACUCUCGGAGAUGAUGACAUCGCUCUUCACCGGCGGUAACAGGAGACAACAGGUCGCCAAGACAACCCGGGUGGCAAAGAAGCGUCAAUAAUCGGGAAAGACGGUGAUGCACCUCCGUCGUCGAGCAACCAUGGACACUCUAGGCAUCUCCAGCAGUCACUGUUGUUUUUGUUGUGUUUGCACUAAGACCACGAGCAAAUGUUGUAACAGUGUGGUGGCAGAACCGGUUGUUUUUAUUUUAGACUGUUGUUGACUUGUACAUGCAAGCCUCUUGCGUUUGUUGACCUGCACGUGCGAGUCUCUCUUACGUUUGCCUGGAUCGCUUGAGCGGUUCACGUGUACAGAAUCCUCCUUAGAAGGGAACACUGCAUCUAUGUCCAUCUUAUGCUUAGCAUCCAGUUUUCUCGGAGGCAGGGAAAAGCAAGUUUUCUUAACCUGUUGGCCGUGCUAUCCCCCACCCAUUCCUUUAAUCAAACUUGCUAAAUUAAGCCUGGUGCCCAGGAGAAGAGAGGGGCAGAAAUUAUAUAUGUGUAAGAUUUAAGAUGUAUAUACAUUUUUUCAAUAAAGGAAACCUGUUCAUUUA